ACACACACACACACUUUGUAAUUUUGUACACUAGCGAGGAAAGUUAUUGAUAUCGUGAAGAGUAAAAAUGAUACAUAAGAUUAUAGCUUCAAUAUAUAAAAAAUUGCGUCAUUAAGCCCAGAAGGGGUAAUUGAAAUAAAUUGUUGACAAAGGUCGGGUUUGUGGUGUCGCUAUAAUAUGUUCUGUAGAUUACUACACACACGAUUGGAACUGAUGGUAAAAAUCAACUCAUCACAUUUGUUUGUGCCAAGAAAUGUUUUGAGCAAAGAAACGUUGUGUUGUGUCAGGCGUUAUAACGUCUGGCAUAAUCUCGUUGAAUCUGUAAUUAACCGUUUCAAUUUAUGACGUAUCAUUAGCACACGUAACAGCGCUAUUCAGUCAAGUUGGCACAGGUGUGCCAUGUCAAAUAAUGCGUUGGCAAAUGAGAGCUAGAAAUAAUGGUUAGGCACCCACAUGCAACAAGCGCAAUAACCGUAUUAAACAAUUUUCGGCUGAUAUAUAAGCAUAUUCGUUGAAACGAUUGUCAUUGCGUAUCAUUGCUUUUCUCUUAUCCGGCGGAGAAUUUGACCCAGCGUCCCUCGAUCGCGCGUCACUCUUAUCCCCUUCCCAUGCAAAUCGCAAUGGCACGCGUUGCUUUUCUAGUGACGGUGUUGGCGGCCCUGUGUUACACGAGCCAGGUAAGUUAUUACGCAAACGCAAAAAAAUGUUUUGCAAUUCCAAGAGUGUUCUCGAUUCCGAAGAAAUGGAGAAAAAUAAAAAGUAAAAAAUUGCAUGAUAAAUAUCAAAUAUUGUAAGAUGCUAUAAAAUGCAACGGUGAUCGGUCGUCGCAUUUUCGCCAUUGACAUCACGAAUUGCAAAUGUUUGUUAGAAACAUACAAAUAAUGUAUGAUAAACUUGAUGUUUUUAUCAAUCGCUUGUUAGGCCAUCCCGGUUCCAACCGAAAAUGUGGAAGGUACGCAACCUGAAUUACCCGGCAUCGUCGACGUCGACAAUAUGCAACAAUUACUUGAGCAGUUUCCCAGCGAAGUGAGAGACAAAUUCAAGGAUCUCACGAACAAAAUCACGGAACUUGUGGAAAAACUCGGAAAGGAGCUCCAGGAAAAGAAAAAGAUCGCCGAGAGCAUUUUCGAGGACGCUAAAGAGAAUGCUAAGAAAUUAUUACAAGAGGAGAAACUAAAUGCAAACGAAAUUUUCGAGAAACUCGAGGAAACGAAAGACGAAGUUGAGAAAGAUUACCAGUAUGCGCUGGACGACGGAAUUGAGAAGUUGAAAGAUGCCGUGGGCAAGUUCACUAGUGAGGAAACGCGUGAGAAAUUGAAAAAGAAACUGGAUUUACUUACCAAGGGCAAGGGAAAGGAGAUCUUGGAGGAGAUAUUGGAUAAGAGGCAAAGUGGGGAUGAAACUUAUGGAAUCGGAAAUAUCCUGGAGAAGGGCAAAGGUAUUACGAACAUUAUCCAAGACAAACUGAAGGAAAGCUUAAAGAAGAUUAAGGAUAAUGCUGAUGAAGCCGUGAAGAAACUCGAAGGACAUGUAAGCGGAUUCGUGCGGAAUGGUAAGAAAAUGAGGGAGGAGUUGAAAAACAAUCUCGAUCGAUCCUUGAACGAAUUAAGCGAAACAAUGAAAAGUGUCGAGGAGAAGGCCAAAGAACUCGGGGACAGCGUGGUGGAUCGUUUCGGCAAAUUGAAAGAGAACGUAGCCGAGAAAGUGAAAGACAGUGUCGAGAAGUUGAGGGGAAAUGUCGGCAAGUUGAAGGAAGACUUGGGAAACGUAUUGAAUAAAGUUGGAGACAAAGUGAAAGAAGGUGCCGAGAACAUGAAGAAAAAGAUCAGCGAAUUAACGGAGGAAAUUGAGAAUCGAGUGAGUAAACUGAAGGCAGGCGUAAGCGACGGCGCGGACGUAGCGAAAAACAUUGUCGAGGAAUUCAAGGAAGAGCUCGGCAAAAUGAGGAAAAAAUUGGAGGACAAAGUCGAUGAACUGAAAAACAUGGCGAAAGACAUUGUCGAAAAUACGAAGAAAGAAAUCGGCAAAGUAAAUGAGGAGUUUAAGAAUCGAGUUGUCGAGUUAAAGAAGAACCUGGCCGACAAGCUAGAGAAACUAAAUACUGAACUCGGCAACCAGAAGGACAAUGUCGAGAAGAUGACGAAAGAACUCGGCGAGCGAACGAAGAAGGAGUUGGAGGACCUAUCCGACAAGCUGAGAGACGCGAUAAAAGACACUAUCGAGGAAACGAAGGAAAGAAUCAGCAAACUGAAUAAGGAGCUGGAGGACACGUUGAACAAAGCAAAAGACACGCUAGAAAACGUUGUCGAGAAAAUGAAAGAAAAAGUCGGCGAACUAAAGGAGAACGUAACUGACGAACUAAAAGACAGUGUCGCGCGAAUGAAGGAAGAAAUCGACGAGAUGAGGAAGAAGUUGGAAAACAUAGUCGAUGAACUGAAGGACACGGUGAAUGACCUCGGAGCGAAAAUGAAGGAAGGAAUCGUUAAGCUAAAGGGGGAACUGGAAGAUCAAACCGGCAAAUUGAAGGAGAAAUUAAUGGAAGAAGCUGGCAAACUGAAGGAUGAGAUUGGCAAAGUAUUCGAGAGGACGAAGGGCGGCCUGAAAGAAGUUCAAGACAAGACAAGCGAUAUGAUUGGCGGAGUUACCAACAAAAUUACAGAUACCGGCAAGCAGCUUGAUGAAGAGACUGACCGUCUCGCGGGCAAAUUAAUAGGUGGUAUCAAGCAAGGUGGAGAAGCACUCGAGAACACUAAGAGGAAGAUUACAGGGCCCCAACCGUCAGGCUUGAUAAGCGAUAUUUUUCUUGACACAGGUGACAUCGUGGGAAAAGCGUUGGACAUGGCCGAUAAGACCGCGAAGGAAGCAAUAGAUGGAACGAUAGGCAUUUUAGGGGGAGUAAAAAAUUUGCACGAGAAUAUCAUGAAGAACACGGGGAACAUAAUAAAGAAGGGAUUGAGACUCGGCGGAAAGAGGGUAACGGAGGACGCAAAAAAGACUGCAGACAUCAAAAUCCAAGAAGAGAUAACGAGAAACACCAUCGAAAUGGCGAAGAAAACGCAAUAGCCCUUUCGGUGAGAGAAGGCUGGAAUAUAACGAGGGAGAUUGUCUCUCUCUCGGAAGGGGUGUCGGCGGUAUCAGCGGCUUCGCCGCGGUUAGAAACACACCUUAUUACUUUGGUUAUAUUCGAAAUUAAUGUGCUCGUAAGACGCCGCAAACCUUAAUUUCAGUUUAAAGAAUUCUCUUCUCGGAAUUUCACAGUUUCUUCAAUAACUUGGCAUUUUAUUGCCGAAUUAAAAUUACGCCCAGUGAGCAAAAUUUGUAAUUAACGUAUCAAAAUUCAAUCCUUAAGUCUUUAUAAUGAUUAAGAUAUUCUCGAGGCAAUCUUUUUUCAAGAUUAUCUUUUUCGGGAUCGCUCGAGUUACGUAACGCUUGUCGUAAUUACGUCGAAUUUUAUGAGAUAAAAAAUAAAAGACAUGUAUCGAUUUGCGACAUUGCGACAGAGUUGACUUUACCCUCAGCAUGCAUUGUACAAAAACUUUAAUAAAA